UGCAGCAAAAACCAUCAGUUGAGAAAUAUAUUAUUUUCUUUCAAAACCUAACUUCAAAGCAAAGAAAACAAAAAUCAUUGCAUAUAAAGAAACUACAGAAUAACCUAGCCUCCUCAAAAUCCCAUGGCUUCUUCUUUAUUACCUUCUUCUUUUACCAUAGUUUCUCCAUCUUUCAAGCAUCACAAUAAUCGUCAUCAACCCUUUCAAGUUAGAGCUCAAAGCUGCAGAGAUGGAGGUGGAAGAUCUAGCAAUGGGGUGGAUGCAAAUUUGAGGGUUUUAAAGGAGAGAAUAGAGGUGGUGAAGAUGAAGGAGAAGCUUGGGAGAUGUUGCAGAUAUGAAUAUGGAUGGAAUUAUGCAAAAGGGUAUAAUUAUAAUAAAGUGAAAAGAAAUGGGGAGAUUUCAGAAUUGUUUGAACUUCUGGGUUUGGUUGGGGCAACUAUUGGCUCAACUUGCUUUACUGGAACUCUUUUCCUUUGCCUUUUUUCUAUAUUUGUUCAUUUACAGUCAUGAAAUUCAUGCAUAAAAGUAGGAUUCAAAUUCUUUUAUUGCUAUGCAAAAUAAUUAUAAGCAUUUUGAUUGAUCUUGAAAAGUGUAGUUGGUAUGCUAUGUAAAGUUUGGGGUUCUUUUAAUAGAAUAAAGUUUCAAGCUGGGAGUACAGUUUUAAUA